CUGUAGAGGGCGGUGGAACUCUAGGUUUCGCUCUUCCUGAAGUGUCAAACUCAGAUGUAAACAUUCAGCAUGGCGUCUGCUGUGUUUUGGGUUUCUCUUCUCCUCGAGCUGUUCGUGCUCGCGACAGGAUUCACUGAAGUUCAGCAACUCUCAGAUUCAUGUUACAAACCGAUGAAGGACCACAGACCGUCAUUCAUAAAGACGUAUCCCCGGCCUCAUGAAUAUGUAAACGCCUCUGAUCUCCCCGCCUCCUGGGACUGGCGUAACAUUGAUGGCAAAAACUUUGUAAGCAUCACACGCAACCAACACAUCCCACAGUACUGCGGCUCAUGCUGGGCCAUGGGCUCCACCAGCGCACUCGCAGAUCGCAUAAACAUCAAGAGGAAAGGGGCGUGGCCUUCUGCUUACCUGUCCGUGCAGAAUGUGAUUGACUGUGGCGGGGCGGGGUCAUGCUAUGGAGGAGAUCAUAUGGGCGUUUAUGCAUAUGCAAAUGAGCGGGGCAUUCCUGAUGAGACCUGCAAUAAUUAUCAAGCUCGAAAUCAAAAAUGUGACUCAUUUAAUCAGUGUGGUACAUGUUCAUUCUUUGGUUCCUGCUCCAUAAUUAAAAACUAUACAGUGUGGAAAGUCGGAGACUAUGGAGACGUCUCAGGACGAGACCACAUGAAGGCUGAGAUCUACAAAAAUGGGCCAAUCAGCUGUGCAAUAAUGGCCACUAAAGGCCUGGAGGCGUAUGACGGAGGGGUUUUUGCUGAGUUUCACAUUGUCUCUGUUCCGAAUCACAUCAUCUCAGUGGCGGGCUGGGGCGUCACAGAGGACGGGACCGAAUACUGGAUCGUCAGAAACUCCUGGGGCGAGUUCUGGGGCGAGUCGGGCUGGGCCAGGAUUGUCACCAGUGCAUAUAAGGGAGGGAAAGGCAACUGGUACAAUCUCGCCAUUGAGCACAACUGUGCGUAUGGAGACCCAAUCGUUACGUAGAUCUGGAGCAAUUCCUCUCAUAGAACCAUGAUGUUCAUACACUGAAACUGCCCUGCUAUCAGAGGCUAUGAACCUGUUACUUUUAAUUGCUGUAGUUAUUUUUUAAUAUAAACGAAUUGUUCAGGAUGUAAUUCAUUGUUGUCAUAUCAAACAUGGGAGAUGUGCCAUAUUUGAAUUUUUAAACCUUAAAUCAAAUCUGUAAGAGUGUAUGUAAUUGAGAAUGGAAAUGAAGGAUAAUAUGCUAUUAAGUGAUACCAAGCAUGAUGCAAUUCACUUGAUUAUUUUAUUACAAAUCACUCUGUAACACUUGCCAAAUACUACAAGAGUGGUAGAGGUUGGUAACUCUUUAAAAUAUUGCACAUCAUAAAUUAGAACUCUCUCUAUAAUUGUACUUUAUUAUUUUUGUUGUUACAAUUCUGUACUCUUUUAGCGGUUACAAUUAAAUUUAUUUUUAUUUG